AUGGAGAACCCUUGGGUACUGCUUAAUAGAGACUUUACUUGGGUCUUAUGGAGACAUCUUUACGAUGUUGUCGUUGAAUUCGGACUGCGCAACAGCAUACUUGCCAUACGCUUCGACAGAUUGGCAGAUGAUAACGAACCAACAAGCGAACUUAAUCUUUCUUAUGGCAGAAAUUGGCUCAGUGCAUUAUAUCAGGGUGUGAUAACUAUUCUGACGUUUCCAAUUUUCAUAUUUUACCCGAUCCUGAUGUUGAGCGCUUUUAUCAAGGAAGUUACUCGUCCAGCUUCACCGGCAUUAAUAAACUCACAUCCAGACGAGAAAUGGUUUUUUAUCAACGGUGUGGUCGUAGAUAAAGGAUGGUUGAACGAGAACUGCAAAUAUCUGGAGAAACGUUUUGGUAGAGGAGUUACAGGCAUUUUAAAUACGUCUUAUGGUUUUAUAUGGGAUUUAGUAGAAACCGCCCUCCAGAGAAGCUUCGAUAUCCAAACCGUAUCAGUACGCUGGGCAACGUAUAAUAUUCUUCCAGCACUUAGAGACAAGAAUUAUACGACGGUUCGAAUAAUUGCACAUUCACAAGGCGCUAUCAUAGCGAAUUUGGUUCUUCAAAAACUAUACAUCGAACUGAGUCGCGCGGGAAAGCAAGAUGAUCUUAAGAAGCUCGAAGUAUAUACGUUUGCUAAUGCAUCUCGAGAGUUCUUGAACCCUGGUAACCUCGUUCGUCGCAUCGAACAUUAUGCAAACAGACGAGAUCCAAUUGCCAAGUUUGGCGUUCUCGACCAACUCAAUAAUGGUCGUUUUCAAGGUGAAAUUUUCGUCAACAGCUAUAGGAAUCAGGGCAAGGGGCAUUUGUUCAACGCGUUCUAUAGUCUUGAUAAGGCCGAUUACAAGCCUGUAAAAAACGACGAUGCUAUCCCCGAGUUGCUGCAAUUACCUGGACGUGUGGACAAUUUGCCGAUACAAUUAUAA